GAGUUGUCAAGAACGGUCAACUUGAUUAUAUGCACCACAAGUGUUGUCUGCUUUGUUUUGACUAGUUAUUUUGACGUUGACGUUCAAAAGUAUUUCUCCCAGUCGAAGUGCUAAGUUAAUCGGGUCCUAGAAAACAAUGAUAUUGAUGCUAGCCUGAUGCUGUUUUUUUAGUCCUAGUUGCCUUCUUGUAAUAUUAUAAAUCAUGGAUGCCAUUUUAAUUCUCUAAGCUGUUCUUUUUGAUAAGCAUUGACGAGGUUAGCAACAAGUGUCAGAAAAAAUAAAAAUAUGAAUGGAGUUGUUGAGACGUUCUAAAAGAUGUCGUACUGCUCUUUUGACAUGUUUAUUGUCAACACUUGUGUUAUUCCUGCAACUUCUUGUCCAGCUAUGGCUGGAGUGGAUAGAGGAUGCAAAUGUUCCUGUUCAUCAUCACAUAACUAAUAAAUUCUCCCUUAAUGAUGUAGAUGACCUUGUCCUAGUAUGGUGGACUCCCUUCACUGGAAACACAGGUUCAUUCAUAGAAUGUGGAAAUUUAAAAUGCUUCAUUACAGAAGAUCGGCGCUUUCAGCACCACUCCAAAUUUCAGAUGUUUCUAUUUUAUGGAAGUAAUUUAGAAAUUUGGGAUCUGCCAUUGCCAAGAAAAGACCAACACAUAUGGUCUCUAUUUCAUGAAGAAUCACCAAAAAAUAUUCCAUUUUUAUCUCAUCAAGAAGGGAUCUCAUUAUUCAACUUCACUGCCACGUUUAGUCGAUUCAGUGAUGUACCUCUCACAUUACAGUAUGUCCAAAGUUUUGAGUCACUAACAGAUCUACAGUAUUAUGUGCCAUUGAGCAAAAAAAAUGAACUGUUACAAUACUUAUCUCCUGUACUCUAUGUGCAGUCAGACUGUGAUACACCUUUAGACCGAGAUAAAUAUGUUCAGAAUCUUAUGAGAUACAUUUCUGUUGACUCCUAUGGCACAUGCCUACACAACAAGGAUUUACCUGAAUCAAUGUCAAACCCUAUGGAGUCAAUGACUAGUGAAGAAUUUCUGCACUUUACUGCUCAAUACAAAUUUACUAUUGCCUUUGAAAAUGCUGUUUGUGAGGACUAUAUCACAGAAAAGCUUUGGAGACCUUUGACAGUAGGUUCAGUUCCAAUAUACCUGGGCUCACCCUCAGUUCAGGACUGGCUGCCAAGCCAAAAUUCUGCUGUUCUUGCAAUUAACUUCUCAUCACCAAAGGAAUUAGCCUCCCACAUUUCUGUUUUGAAUUCUAAUGAUGAAGAAUACCUGUCCCUUCUUUCACACAAAGAAAGUGUCAUUAGUAAUAUCUAUCAGAAGGCCAAAAUGAACCCACGCUUAUGGGGGUCUCUAAAAGACAAUAGAUAUCAUUUUAUAGACCAAUUUGAAUGUCAAAUGUGUAUUAAAGCACACCAUAAUUCGAAAGCAAACGUACAGAGAAAAGUUGCAAACCAAGAAGUAUAUAACUGUCCAAAGCCAAUAUCAUCAGUUACUGGUCAAGAGGAUCCCACUAAUCCGUGGUUGUAUCUGUGGAAGUAUAGCAAAUGUGAAGCUUCUCUUCUAGCAGAAAUAAUUCAAGGUGGUCACAUGUUUGUAAACCAAACAUUAUUCAACCAAGAGGUCCUGUCCAGGAUGAGAGAAAGUGACUGUACAUGAUACAAAAAGACCUAGAUAGUCCACAGUCCUAAAGAGCAGUAUUACUUCCACACUAAAGUGUACCUGAAAAAUAUAGAAUUUUUGUUUUAACUCUAAUAUUUGAAAAUAUGUAAAAAUAAUGAAAACAUUUUUCAGUAAAAAUGAUUUAAUAUGG